AGUGUCUCUGUCAGGAGUAGAACUUGAAGCACAGUGACACUGGUACAGAAGGAGUCAGCAUUGAUUGGCUAAAAUGCAAGUCUGUCAAAAGAACUGAAAUAAGGGGGCAGUCUGCAGAGGCUUAGAUACAAGGAUCAUGGCAUCUGCAAAUAAGAAAUUGAAGGGCCUUGUAGCAGCAACUUUUACCCCAAUGACAACUAGCAGUGAGAUUAAUCUUCCAGUCAUCCGUCAGUAUGUGGACUACUUGGUUCACAAACAAAAUGUGAAGAAUAUCUUUGUAAAUGGAACGACCGGAGAAGGGAUAUCGCUGAGCGUCCAGGAGAGAAAGCACCUGGCAGAAGAGUGGGUGAGAUGUGCAAAGGGCAAAAUGGAUCAGGUGAUCGUGCAUGUUGGGUGUCUCAGUUUAACAGACAGCAAGGAACUGGCUACCCACGCUGCUUCCUGUGGUGCCGACGCUAUUAGUGCAGUAUCCCCAUCAUUCAUCAAACCUUCCAGUCCUGAUGCCUUAGUCCUGUAUCUUAAAGAAGUGGCUGCCGCUGCUCCAAGUCUUCCUUUUUAUUACUACCACAUUCCAUGUCUGACUGGGAUAAAAUUUCAGGUACAAGAUAUCCUGAGUAAGGUACAGCACCAAAUCCCAUCAUUUCGUGGAGUAAAAUUUACCGACAUUAACCUCAUGGACUUUGGUCGAUGUAUUCGCGAAUACAAGGAAUUUGAAUAUUUUUAUGGAGUGGAUGAGCAAUUACUGGGAGCGCUGGCAUUCGGCGUACAGGGAGCUGUGGGCAGCACAUACAACUACUUGGGCAAAGCCACAAACAAGAUGUUGGAAGCUUUUGAAGAUGGUAAUUUGAAGAAAGCUCAGGAAAUUCAGUUUUCCACUCAAAACUUCAUUAGCUUUGUUCUUUCUAAUGGCUGGGGCUUAGCUGAAUUUAAAGAUAUAAUGUCACUUGCGUCUGGGCUGCAGCUAGGCCCUGCUCGCCUUCCUCUUGUCUCUUCCAUCACAUCAGAUCAUCACAAUCAAAUCAAGACCCAAAUGGGAAAACUGAGUCUUCUCUGACGCAAUCAACUUCAGUGAACACUUUUAAAUGGAAAAUGACUGUUGAAAAAUAAUAUUUCUUUUUUUAUACUAAGAUGAUCUAGGCCUAUACCAGUAUGACAUUGCAUUUACCAGUAUGUUAAAUAUGUCUUUAAAGUGCCCAAACAAUAUUAAAAUUUUAAAUGCA